GAACCAUUGGCAGCCAUGCUGGUUCUCUUUUAACUCUUGGUUCUUAUUCGAGUCUGACACAAGGAUGAGAGUGAGUGCAAUUCUGGCUUGAAAGCAGGUUGGAAAUGGUCCUGCUUGUUCCUCUCUUCUGAUGUAAAACAUGACAUGUAACAAAACAAACCAAGUUGGAUUUGUUGGUACCGCUGAAUCAUUCAAAAUUAACCUGCUCCUUAGUCCUCACGUGCCUUCUUAAGAUAGAACUUGAUCCAGUUUUUGUAUUGGUAAACAAUAAGUUUCAAGUGAUACUUCAACCCAAUGGAAAGAAGAGCGGAUGUAACUCUCUUUUGUUUGGUUUCGUUCUUCAUGUGGAGUUCAGUGGCUGGUUUGCUUUCUCCUAAAGGUGUUAACUACGAAGUUCAAGCUCUGAUGAGCAUUAAGUACUCUCUGGCGGAUCCUCAUUCUGUCUUAAAUAACUGGGAUGCUGAUGCUGUGGAUCCUUGCAGUUGGGCUAUGGUCACUUGUUCUUCUGAUCAUUUUGUGAUUGCCCUUGGGAUUCCUAGCCAGAAUAUAUCUGGUACACUCUCAUCAAGUAUAGGAAACUUGACAAAUCUUCAGACUGUGCUCUUGCAGGAUAAUAAUAUAACAGGACCAAUACCCUCUGAGAUUGGAAGGCUCCAAAAGCUUCAAACUCUUGAUCUUUCUGACAAUUUCUUCAUUGAUCAACUUCCAGAUUCUCUUUCCCACAUGAAGGGUCUCCAUUAUUUGCGGCUAAACAAUAACAGUCUCUCUGGACCAAUUCCUUCCUCUUUGGCUAAUAUGACUCAGCUUGCCUUUCUGGAUAUCUCUUAUAAUAACUUGAGCGGCCCUGUACCUACAUUAAAUGCAAAAACAUUCAAUAUCGUCGGCAAUCCUCAGAUAUGUGCCACUGGAGUUGAGCAGAAGUGCUUCAGAACAGCAUCAAUUCCCUCUACUACGAAUAAUUCUCAAGAUUCACAAUCCUCCAAUAGGCCAAAAAGUCACAAAGUUGCCUUGGCAUUUGCUUCAAGCUUAAGCUGCAUCUGCUUACUAAUUCUGGGGCUUGGCUUCCUCUUAUGGUGGAGACAAAGAUAUAGCAAGCAAAUAUUCUUUGAUGUUAAUGAACAAAACCGCGAAGAGGUUUGCCUUGGAAACCUCAAGAAGUUCCAUUUCAGAGAGCUUCAGCUUGCUACAAAUAACUUCAGCAGCAAGAACUUGAUUGGAAAAGGUGGUUUUGGAAAUGUCUACAAAGGCUAUCUGUCUGAUGGCACAGUUAUAGCAGUAAAAAGGCUUAAAGAUGGUAAUGCCAUUGGAGGUGAGAUCCAAUUCCAGACUGAAGUUGAGAUGAUCAGCUUAGCCGUCCAUCGGAAUCUUCUUCGCCUCUACGGGUUCUGUAUGACAGUUACUGAGAGGCUCUUGGUUUAUCCCUACAUGUCAAAUGGUAGUGUUGCUUCCCGUUUAAAAGCCAAACCAGCUCUGGACUGGGCUACAAGGAAGAGGAUAGCUUUAGGAGCUGCAAGAGGCUUGCUAUAUUUGCAUGAACAGUGUGACCCAAAGAUUAUUCAUAGAGAUGUGAAGGCUGCAAAUAUCUUGCUUGAUGAUUAUUGUGAGGCUGUGGUAGGAGAUUUUGGGUUGGCAAAGCUGUUAGACCACAGGGAUUCACAUGUGACAACAGCAGUUAGAGGCACUGUGGGACACAUAGCUCCGGAGUAUCUUUCAACAGGCCAAUCGUCAGAGAAAACAGAUGUGUUUGGGUUUGGAAUUCUUCUUCUUGAAUUGAUAUCUGGCCUAAGAGCUCUUGAAUUUGGGAAAGCAGCAAACCAAAAAGGAGCUAUGCUUGAUUGGGUGAAGAAAAUCCAUCAAGAGAAGAAAAUAGACUUGUUAGUUGACAAGGACCUAAAGAACAACUAUGAUAGGAUUGAGCUUGAUGAGAUAGUUCAAGUGGCUCUUUUAUGCACUCAAUACCUUCCAAGUCACAGACCAAAGAUGUCUGAAGUAGUUAGAAUGCUUGAAGGAGAUGGGCUUGCAGAGAAAUGGGAAGCCUCACAAAGAGCUGAAUCCACAAGAAGUAGAGGAAAUGAACUCUCCUCUUCAGAACGCUAUUCUGAUCUCACUGAUGACUCUUCAUUACUUGCACAAGCAAUGGAACUUUCUGGACCAAGAUGACAUUCAAUUUAAGUUGAGCAGUGGAAGAAAAAAAUGAUGUUAAUUCAAAUGCAUGUCCUUGAGUUUAAGUUCAAGUGAAUUUGCUGUAUAUUAGUUAGCUUCAAAGUAGCACCUCAAAGAGAUAUGCUAGUACUUUCUGACUGUAUAGAAUCUGAUUGGAGUGGAGACAUUGACAUAUAGAUCAAGUGUUGUGUGUUUUUCUUAAUUUCUGGGGCGAAGAUUUUUGUGGGAAAUUUCCUUCUGGCUCCUUCAAUUUGUUAGAAGAAUAAUGUUCAUAAAAUAGAGUGUACUUAUAACUGUUAAUAAUAGUAUUUUGAGAUCUUGGAGUUU